AUGGGAGACUUACCUCUCCCUCGUGUUACGCAAUCUCCUCCAUUUUCGCAUACUGGGGUAGAUUAUGCCGGACCUUUCGACAUCACACCUUACGUAGGUUGUGGUCAGAAAACCACGAAGCACUACGUUGUCUUGUUUAUAUGCCUAGCCACGAAGGCUAUCCACUUAAAAGAUGUGGACGAUUGUUCCACCGCCGGGUUUAUCGCUGCCCUUCAACGUUUUGCUAGCCGUCGUCGAUUACCGUCGCAUAUGUACAGCGACAAUGGCACCAAUUUUCAUGGUGCAGACCGCGAGCUUCAAAAAAGCUUUACCGCCUUACAAUCGGAUCCCUCCGUGUUCGAGAAAUUAUCGAACGACGAAAUGUGA